UUUGUUGCAUGGCGGGGCCGCCCCGCUGUCAAGAGCACGGGAGAGAAGGGGACGGGAUGCAGGUGAAGGUGAAUUGGGAUCAAUCUCCUGCCCAUCACGAAGAAGGCGCCACGAACGCGAUAGGCAGGUUGAGAAUCAAUAAUAUGCGUGUGGGCCCGCGGCAUCGAGGCGCAGCACAGGCCGCCCAACCCUCUGCUUCCACCCGCCGGGUGAUCACCGUUCCCUCCACAUUUAGGAAAUGUCCUCACUGCCCCACCAUCUUCCUGGACCACCUGCAGCUGGCGCAGCACCUCGCACAGCAGCACCGGGACCACCAGCAGGAGCGACAGUGCCUUCGCUGCCAGAAACACUUCGUCACCUAUGAAGACCACACGGCGUGCGAGCCUUGCCUGCACACGCUGCGCCACAACGCGGUGCCCACCAAGACGACGCCCGAGGACACCCGCCUCGCGGAUUCCUGUUCGUCGGCUGAAGUGGAAUGUGGUCAUUGUCACCAGAGCUUCAAGUCGGGGAUCCUGGCGGAGCUGCACUGCUUGUCCACGGGGCACGACAUGGAGCGCGUUACCGACACUGUCAAGGAGAAACCCAAGCAUGAGGAGGGAAGCAAGGUGACCAUGACGACAAAACAGUCCCCAGACGCCUCAAACCUCCCUGACCCCGCCUCUGGUGCAGAUCCCUCUGCUAAUAACAAUUCCAGCAGCAGUGGAAGCAGUAACACUUCCCAAAAGACUACAAACAAGGCCAGUGAUAGUCGAGUGCGGCGGGGACGCAAGCGUCGGUUGAUUCGGAAGAACCAGACGGCGUGCGAGGCGUGCGGCGACGAGUGCGGCUCAGCCUCCAGCCUGUACGCACAUCUGCGUGCGAGCCAUCCCGAACUGUUCCCCUUCCCGUGCGGGGUGUGCGAGCGGCGGUUCAGCCUGGAGGCCAGCGCCAGAGAGCACGAGCGGCGCCAUGCUUUUGGGGAGCUGCAGUGCCCCGCCUGCCCCCUCAGGUUCUCCCGCAUGUCCCACCUACACCACCACGCCGUGCACCACCACCCGGACUUUACGAACUUCCCCUGCCAGUACUGCGGCGCCGUUAGCCCAACGGUGGACGCGUUGCACUCCCACAUCAAGGUGCACCACGGGGACCGGCUCGGCUUGCCCGCCUCCUUCAUCUGCGAAGUGUGCCAGGAAACCUUCCACACCGGCAAGGCUCUGGCGCGCCACCGCUUCAGCCGCCACCCGGGUACGGCGGAGUGCAACAUCUGUGGUGCCCAGGUGGGCCGGCGCUACCUCAGCAAGCACAUCAAUGCUGUGCACACCAGGGAAAAGAUUCACAAGUGUGACCAGUGUGACAAAGACUUCUACUCGCGCACCAGCCUCACGGGACACCAGAAGAGGCAACAUGGGCCCAGGAAGCACCUGUGUCACCUGUGCGGCAAGGGAUACGUGCACAACGUGGAGCUGCAGCGGCACCUCAAGGCGCACCGCAACCAGCGGGACUUCAAGUGUGACUUCUGCGGGCGAUCGUUCCUAAAGGCGGUGGACUUGACGUACCACCGGCGGUCCCACACGGGGGAGCGGCCCCACCAGUGCCGCCUGUGCCCCGAGGCCUUCAUCAAGCCGCUCGGCUUGCGCAAGCAUAUGCUCAAACACACCACCGUCAAGAAGGCGAAGAGACUAAAAUAUUCAAAGAAGAAAAUAGAUGAGUUGACUUCUUCAGUGAUGGAACAGGACGAGGAGGAGAUGGAGGGCGGUGCCAGCGCUCCCAGCCUCAGUCACGCCCAGCCCUCACCGGAGGACCUGCCAGACUCCCAGCACCUCACACAACCCAUCCAUGGUUUCCCAGAUCCCACGGUCGUACCAUCACCUCAGCCACAGCCAGAAUUACAGCACCUGGCGCCCACGGACCUGCAGGUGCAGCAGCUGUCUGUCACGGAUCUGGACAGCAGCCACCUGGAGGGACAGCUGCAGCUGUCACAAGUUGUUGAUGACCUCAGCAGCGGCGAGUUGCUGGAGAUGGGACCGGGACUCCUACUGGAGGCGACAGACGUUCGCGGUGGCCACCAGGGCGUCGUGGGAAGUGGGGAUGUGGACGAGGCUAAGGGAGGGAACGAGGCGACGGAGAGCGAGGUGGGCCAGCAGUCUCAGCCCGUCCAAGUUAUUUAUGUUCAUUUUAUGGAUCCUUCGCUCUGAGUCCCAUCCCGACCACCGACCAUGCAGCUUCUGUGAUAACACCCCGCGGCCCGCCGGUGUCUUCCCUGCUACUUACAUUUGUCUGUUCAUUAAAGUUUGUCAUAUA